AUGGCGUCAAAUAACAAAGAGUCGAUGAAAGGUGACGAAAGACGAUAUCCAAUCACGAAAGAAACUGAGGUCAGCACGUAUGCCAAUCUUCAGGAAAUAAGGAUUUUACUGGUUGGCAAAACAGGAAACGGGAAAAGUGCAACAGGCAAUACUAUUUUAGGUCAGAAAUGGUUUUCCUCAAAAUCUUCAUCAAAUUCAGUUACAUCUGAAGCAACAAUGGGGAAAAUGAGAUGGAAAGGAAAAGUCUAUACAGUCGUAGAUACCCCCGGAUUAUUUGACACUAAAAUGACAGAAGAUAGACUGAAAUUAGAAUUAGUCAGGUGUUUUAGUAUGUUGUCACCUGGACCGCAUGUCAUUUUAUAUGUACUAAAAGCACAAAGGUAUACAGAAGAAGAAAUAAAGACUACUAAUCAAGUCAUGGAUCUGUUGAAAGAAAGUCCCUACAGUCAUAUGGUCAUAUGCUUUACUAGGAAAGAUGAUUUAAAAUUUGAUGGAGUAACCGAAAACGAAUUUUUGCAAGAUUGUACUAGUCAUCUAGGAAGAUUGAUAAGUCGGUGCAAAGGAAAUGUAUUAUUUGUAAAUAAUCGCAUGGCGUCAAAUAACAAAGAGUCGAUGAAAGGUGACGAAAGACGAUAUCCAAUCACGAAAGAAACUGAGGUCAGCACGUAUGCCAAUCUUCAGGAAAUAAGGAUUUUACUGGUUGGCAAAACAGGAAACGGGAAAAGUGCAACAGGCAAUACUAUUUUAGGUCAGAAAUGGUUUUCCUCAAAAUCUUCAUCAAAUUCAGUUACAUCUGAAGCAACAAUGGGGAAAAUGAGAUGGAAAGGAAAAGUCUAUACAGUCGUAGAUACCCCCGGAUUAUUUGACACUAAAAUGACAGAAGAUAGACUGAAAUUAGAAUUAGUCAGGUGUUUUAGUAUGUUGUCACCUGGACCGCAUGUCAUUUUAUAUGUACUAAAAGCACAAAGGUAUACAGAAGAAGAAAUAAAGACUACUAAUCAAGUCAUGGAUCUGUUGAAAGAAAGUCCCUACAGUCAUAUGGUCAUAUGCUUUACUAGGAAAGAUGAUUUAAAAUUUGAUGGAGUAACCGAAAACGAAUUUUUGCAAGAUUGUACUAGUCAUCUAGGAAGAUUGAUAAGUCGGUGCAAAGGAAAUGUAUUAUUUGUAAAUAAUCCCAGGUGA